CUGGCGCUGGCGAGAGGAACUCAGAGCCGGGACGGAGAGUUGCCGUGGAGAGCCUCGGAGAGGGCAGCUCCAUUCUGCAGGGAAAGGACGGUUCUGAAAUCAGUUCCCAGAGUAAACUCAUGACUGUCUUGUGCCAUCUACGCCUGACCGGGUCACCUGGAGAAGCCCCAGAGCGAUGCCGUCGCGGUCUCCGUGCUCCCGGAGUGGGCAGGGGGCCCGGUGCCUCCAGGACCCCCGAGGGCCCCCAGCCGGCAGUGCAGAGGGGGCCCCGUGCUGGCUCCACUCCUGUUCAGGACGCUGGCCAAGGAAAGGAGGUGGGUGCUCCAGAUCAGCUGAGCAGCCCUGCCGCCGGGCCAGGGAGGAGCCCCACGGACUCCGAGGGACAGGCGGGCAAGAGGUGCAGCCUCCCCUCCUGUGUCCUUGCCAAGGCGCUGCUGGCCGGGGUGCCCCGAUGGAGGAAGAGGGGUGCUGGGAACCCCGGCCAGGGAGCAGGAGAAGCGUGCGUGCUCUGA